UUUGUACGUCACUCACGACAUGCGGAUCUUCUGUUUUGCAUCCUUUCCGUGACAGUCAGUUCUGCCGGUGUCGGGUAAGCACGAUAAAUACGCGCCUUCAGCUUGAGAACGAAGCAGCUCCAUAAAGCGCCGAGUAAGUGUUUUUUAAUAGAUACCAGCACACGUGAUGCUAGGAUGAGCUCGUCUGUGUAAAAUGAUAGGCAAAAAAUUCAGACCAUCCGCCUCUGUUCAUCCACCAACUAGCUGAAAGCUUAAGCUGCCAGAGAUUACCUGCUCAUAAAGUCAUCUAGUCAAGUGGAUCAAGUGUUUCUAUUUUUUAACAGCGACACAACAUUACAACAUGAGGCGUUUCUUCAUUUCAGAGCUCUGAGGGAAGAGCUGUCAUGUUCUCUGAGUCUACAGGGAUCUGAAGUUGCAAAGUUGCCAAUGUAUAAUUCAUUAAAAGCGAAGUAAAUCGCCGCCUCACACACCGAAAGAUUUGUUUGCCUCAUCCAGUUGUACACUAAUGGAUAUGACAGACUUUAUAAUGUCACCAGUCUUUUUUAUGGACUCAUUCCACAUCAUGCUCUGGAGACUUUGACCCUAAAAGUGCUUGAGAAAGUUGGCUUUUGGGGGGUCCACUUCCCUUUCCAAUUUAUUUAUUUUCUUCUUGAAAGAAACUCAAAAAAAAUGGGCCCUUUUAUUUCUCCUUUUAGUAAUCUGCUAUGCAUGCUGUUGGGCAUUUCUUUCACUUUGUGGAUCACACUGCUUUUGGUCUUCAUCAUUGUUCCUGCCAUUUUUGGUCUGUCUUUUGGCAUCCGUGGACUCUACAUGAAGACACUGCUCAAGGUGUUUAAGUGGGCCACCGUGAGGAUGGAAAGAGGAGCCAAGGAAAAAAACCAUCUUCUGUACAAGCCUUACAGUCUUAAUAGCAUUAUCGCUAAAGAACCUACAUCACUGGAAGAUGAGCUCAAAGAGAUUCGGCGUAACGGGAGCAGUCGAGAGUUGGAUGCUUCCGCCUCCACCACCACAGGCCCCGCCCCUUCCUCGUCAGAGUUUGAAAUGUCAGACACCUUCUACUUUUGCCGCCGUGGCAUUGAGAGCAUCGUAGAUGAUGAGGUUACCAAAUGUUUCUCGGCAGAAGAACUUGAGUCGUGGAACCUGUUGACCAGGAGCAACUAUAACUUCCAGCACAUUAGCACCAGACUGACAGUGUUGUGGGGUUUUGGCGUCAUCAUCCGUUAUGGGUUUCUGUUGCCCCUCAGGGUAACUUUAGCAGUCACUGGAAUAAGCUUAUUGGUUGUCUUCACCACCAUUAUUGGUCAUCUGCCCAAUGGAAGGUUGAAAAAUGUUCUCAGUGAAACAGUGCACCUGAUGUGUUACCGUAUCUGUGUGAGAGCGCUGACUGCUAUCAUCACAUACCAUCACAGUGAAAAUAAACCCAAGAAUGGAGGCAUCUGUGUUGCCAACCACACUUCACCCAUAGAUGUCAUUAUACUGGCCAGUGAUGGAUGCUAUGCAAUGGUGGGUCAGAUCCAUGGGGGGCUGAUGGGGCUCAUUCAGAGGUCUAUGGUGAAAGCUUGUCCACACAUUUGGUUUGAGCGCUUAGAAGCCAAAGAUCGCCAUCUAGUGGCUAAAAGGUUGAGUGAUCAUGUAAAAGACAAAAGCAAACUGCCUAUCCUCAUAUUCCCUGAAGGUACCUGCAUUAAUAACACAUCAGUGAUGAUGUUCAAGAAAGGAAGCUUUGAAAUUGGCUCAACUGUCUACCCCGUCGCCAUAAAGUAUGACCCUCGGUUUGGGGACGCCUUCUGGAACAGCAGUAAGUUUGGGAUGGUGAAUUAUUUGCUCAGAAUGAUGAGUAGCUGGGCCAUCGUCUGCAGUGUGUGGUACCUGCCCCCGAUGAGCCGCCAGGAAGAUGAGGAUGCCGUGCAGUUUGCUAACAGAGUAAAGGCAGCCAUUGCCAGACAGGGUGGUCUGGUGGACCUGCUGUGGGAUGGUGGUUUGAAACGAGGGAAAGUGAAAGACGCUUUUAAAGAGGAGCAGCAAAAAAUCUACAGCAAGAUUUUGGUUGGGACGCAAGCGGACCGCAGUCGUUCAUGAGGAGAGGAUGAUGAUUCAGGUGAGGACCUGGAGGGCAAGAGACGGUUCAGAGACCCGGAACAGCGGCGUUAUGGAUUUGUUUCACUUCAAAUCACAAGAGCUGUCCUUGUUUAAUUAUUCCUUUUUGUGAAAAGGAUCAAAGCUUGUCAGGUCGUGAUCAAAACACUCCACGAGAUGCGUUUUAAUGCGCAGUGUCCCUUUGACCGAAGUCAGAGUACCGCGUUUCAGUCUAUAGUGGCCGGGUGGCUCACGAGGAGUCAUAAGGAUGCAAUGUGAUCGUUUAAUGGUUUUUUUCUCUCUUUUUAUAAUUAACUUUUUUCUCUUAUUAUCAUUUAUUCUUAAUGUAUCAUUAGGAUGCAAUAAACUAUUAAAUCUGAUGGCCAUGAAUGGUUCAAGGAAACGCCUCAUCAGGCCGCACGUAGGUGUCCGAGAGUUUUCCGUUAUGCACUUCCAUCUGUACUUCUGCUGCGCAAGUCACUUUAAUCCUGCCUUUUAACUGGAGAAAACAGCAGAAAUAUGCAUGGCAAACCUGUAAUUUAAUUUGUUGAUUACGUUUAUACUAACCUUUGCAGAUAUGCAAUCUGCAUUGACCUUUUAAAAUACCUCCAUGCAAACAAUCAAGCCAAUCAAUGUGUGAAGGGUUUGAGAAGAUAUUGUUAGAGAUUUUUUUUUCUCUUUCUUGUCCUUUGUGUGCCAGAUGCCGAAGUUUUUGCCGUUUCCAUUGACAUAUGGAAGUCAAACCUUAAGAGUCUUAAUGAUAUUGGCCAUGUUACAGCCAAUUGAAAACUCUAUGAACUUUUCAUGUUUCAUUUUCAAAUUCAGAUUGAAAACAUUAUUUGUGAUGUUUAAACAACACUAUGCUGUAUGCAUGUUUCCUAAAGGAUUUAUUUUUAUUUUCAGAUCAAGCAACCCUAAAAUUGGGACAACUUGUUAAGGAAUAACAAGACUAUUUUAACAUAUUUUAGCACAACAAAGCUCAGUAACUCUGUUGCAAGUUUGGAUCUAUAACAUUGCUUUCAAAAAGUGCACACACAACAGUUAUUGGAUCUCUUCUCAUUUGAAAUAAUCUGAUCUGAUUCAGUAAGUUAUGCGACUGAUUCAGAUCAUGACUCUGAUGACUCAUCAGACGAUCAGACGAAAACAAUGUUGCACUAAUUGACCACAAUUUUAUCAGUGUGAUUUGUUUUCUUUUUCUUUCUGUUUAGACCAAUGUGUUAAAAAGGCAGACAGGCUUAAUGGACAUGUAAAGUGAUGGAAGGAACAAUAUUUCCAUGUUUUCACCAAAUACGAGUGUUCAGAGAUGAGACCUAUGCUGUAUCCCAGUUUGCCUACGGUACUUAUACUACUCCUUAAAAGUAUGUGCUCUUUUUGUGAAGAAAAAGUACAUACUUUUGACUGUGUAGCAAGCAGACGAGCUUUGUGAAAUACUAUCACCUCAUUAAAUUGUGUCUUUUAACAAUGUCAA